ACAGGAGCCUAAACGGAUUCACUUGCCACUCAAAAUCUUUGUCUACAAUAAAACUUUACGAUGAAAUAACUACGUAAAAUUAAAUUCUCAAGUGGGCGCCUAAUGGGUUUAUGAUCGACCCUGGAUUUUGGCAAAGGAUGUUCUACAGCUCUUUCAACAACAGUGAAAAGUUUUGCUGGGCGGUAAUGGGAAUUCCCAAACCAGAAAUCGAAUUGUUGACGAAGCGAGUUCACUGCCGCAUUUAUAUUCUUGUUUAGAUCAACUGCGAGGAACGCUAAUGAAUUUUAAUUUUUUUUCGAAUAUUUUGGCAGCUAACUUGAUUAAUUUCUGCUAGUAUUCAGAUGUUCACGAUUCAUUGUCGGCAGUGAUGAAGUUUUUAACACAAUUUUACUACACCUUUUUGUUUACUCUUCUGAAAACAUCAACGUCAAUAUGUGCAGAAUGGACAGCAACAUUCGAACCGACCCAUGUUACAGUUCAAAUGGAAACAUUUGAAUCAAUUCAAUUGACUUUGUCAGGACUCUCAGAUGAUACAAUAAAAAAUAUAAACGACCGAGACAUCGUUCGCUUGGUUACAGACGAUGGAAAUGUAGCAAGAGUUGUAUAUGGAAGCAUAAACUUCGAGGAGAAAGAAGACAACGAUGGAACUUGGCAGACAAUAUUUGAAAUUGAAGGAGUUUUUUUGGGAUCAACGAAUAUUUAUGUGGAAAUAAUAAAGAAUUCUGAAGUCGAGACAUCAUCAGAAUCUAUUGAAGUUGUAGUCAUUCGUCCGGAGCGGCUCUUAGACACAAUGUUUUCGGUGACAAUUGUUAUUCUCUUAGCAAUCUUAUUUGUCAAUUUUGGUGCUUCAAUCAACACAUCUGUAGUUAAGGAGAUUAUUAAACGACCCAUUGGGCCGGCUAUUGGUUCUGUUUGUCAAUUAAUUUUUAUGCCGCUUCUUGCAUUCGGUCUGGGCCUGGCUCUUUUUCCUACACAGCAUUACUUAGCGCUUGGAUUAUUUCUUGUUGGCAUAUCACCAGCUGGCGGACAAAGCAAUAUAUGGGCACUUCUACUAGAUGGAAACGUCAAUCUAAGCAUCGUUAUGACAACAAUUUCAACUCUCCUUUGUUUUGGUACAAUGCCUUUCUGGUUGUUUACACUUGGACAAACAAUUUUUGAUCGUGCGAACUUAGGAGUUCCAUAUCUACGCGUUCUUAUUGUAGCCGCAAGCUUAUUAGUCCCACUUGGUAUUGGAUUGAUUAUACAGAAAGUUUUCCCAAAAGUUGGAAAGUUUUUGGUUCGUAUUCUGAAGCCAUUGUCAUUGGCAUUCCUUGUAAUUAUUAUUGUCUUUGGUCUGGCGACGAAUUUAUAUAUGUUGGAAUUAUUUUCAUGGCAGGUUGUGGUGGCUUGUACGUGUUUACCGCUUCUUGGAAACAUUAUUGGAUUCACAACUGCUAAGCUUUUGCGGCAACCUACCCCAGACGCAGUCUCAAUUUCAAUUGAAACUGGUAUCCAAAACACCGGGCUUACAAUGUUUCUCGUAAUGUUUUCGUUUGGUCAACCUACAGCAGAUAUCACAAUGGUGAUUCCAAUUGGAGUAUCUAUUAUGAUGCCAGUUCCACUUAUUAUACUUGUUAUUAUACAUAAAACAAGAAAACAAUGUCAUUAUUACAGUGGAUGGGAUUUUAUGAAGCAGAACAUUCGAGAUUCAUUAUUGGGACCACAACAGGAGAUUGCUUGCUUUAUUAUCUUUGCCUUACUGCCAGUUGCAUUCACAAAAGAAGCAGAAGCUGAGCCCAAAAAUGAUAUUGAUGACACUCCAAGAAUCAAGCGUGCUGGUUUUUCCUUAAUCGGAGGAGCAUUGCAGAGUCUUCAAAAGAAUGCAUUCAGUGCAUCAGCUUCACUUUCAAGUGGUAGUAGUAGUUCAUCAGCUGGUGCAUCAGCUUCAUCAUCGCCUCAUCAAGAAGAAAGUCAUUCAUAUCAUAAUCAUGAAUAUCAUGUUGAAGAACCACAUUACGAACAACAUCAUGAACAACAACACGAUACAAAAUCAUUUGAUGGCUGGGAGUUGAAACAGUCUAUCGUCAACACUUUGCUUCAAGCUGUGAAGGCAAUUGCUGGUGGAAUAACAACAUUGAAUGGACAACUUAUCAAAGGCAGUGGAUAUUUGGUGACACAAAAAGGAAAAUUGAUUUCACAAGGUGGGGAUGCGGUGUCAAGUGCAGGCAAAAAUAUUAUCCAAAACGCUCAUUUAGUGAAACCGGAUACAAGCGGAGGUCAUGGCGGUGGAUACAGCAGCGGUCCAAGCUUCGGGCAUUCUUUGGGAGCAUCAUUCAGUGGUCUUUCAUCAGGUUUAACCAAAUCUAUCUCAAGUUUGUCAGCUGGUUCUGCUGGUCAAGUUGCUAGUUUGUCAACAAAUGCCAUUGGAGGUUUAUCAUCAGGAUCCGCCAACGCAAUCGGUGGCUUGUCAAAAGGUUCAUCUUCAGCAGUUGCUGGUUUGUCAUCAGGUUCAGCUAACUCUGUAACAUCAUUGUCAUCAUCGUCGUCAGCAUCUUCAUCUUCUUCUUCUUCAUCAUCCCACGGUCACGGACAUUCUUCUUCUGACGUUAAACCUGACGCAUACGCUCCAAUUGAAGGACCAAGUUACACUUACAAUAUUCCAGAAACAAAUAAUUAUGGAGGCUACCCUGAAGAAGUGAAACCAGUAAACUCUCUUGGAUCUUAUGGCCCACCCAAACCUACAAUUUCAUACCAUCAAGAACAACAUCAUCAACAUCAAGAACAACCUCAACAGUCUUAUGGAACUCCAGAUUUCACAGAUGGUGGCUCGUAUAAGCCAUCUUCGUACUUCGAGGAAAACGACGUUUUGUCUAGCAUUCUAAAAAAUAUUCCACACAAACCAGUGAAGUCAGUGGAGUAUAGUAUUGGACAUGAUAGUGGAUAUAGUUCCAAUCAGUUUCCUUUUCCAAAUCAACAUCCACAAAUUCCUCCAUUUAAACCUCUCAGUAAUUAUCCUUCUCAUAAUAUUCCAUUCAAAAAUGCCCCUCAAACAUUCAGUUCCCAAUAUGGUCCCCCUAACCACAUUUCUGGUUUCUCCGGUCAACCAUCGAUAAAAAGGCCAAUAGCUGUGAAUCCAAAAGCUUACGACAUUUAUCAUACGAUGAAACUUAAAAUGACCAAAGAGAAAAACUUUGUAACUUUACCGACCAUUGAAAUUGGCGACGGACUUGAGAUUCAGAAAUCCAUUGGGUCACUUUGGCAAGAGAAUGAUUGUAGUCGCUUAAAGUAGAGAAGAAGGGGGAGGGUGAAGACUCAUCACAAACAUUCUACUUUCAAAGCCCUCGGGUUUAUGAGGUCAUUUUCGCAACCGUCAUUUAAACAUUUAGAUAAAUUGAAAGUGUUUUUUAUUAUAAUUUAAUGGUUUUUUAAAUAUUUUACUUUUAUUUUUCGGCCAAUGUAUCUAAGUUUGUAACUUAUAAAUAAGUUUUUAAAUGCUACCCUUUGCGUUAUUCAUCACGCUUCUCUCAUUAAACUAAUUUCCAUUCCUUUUAAAAUUACUUUUUGAAUUGAUUCACACGUAGCUUAAAAUGUCUGUAAAAUAAGUUGAUGUAGAUGAGAUUCAUGUGAGGAAUAAAAUUUAAUUAAAUAAAAAUUGUC